UGUCCUCUCACACAUGCAGAGAUCUAGUCAUCACACUGAGGAGAGUGAAGAGAGAAAUGGCCUGUGACAGGGUCCAUGCUGCUUUACCUGACCCUCCCUGUCAAAGUGAAGAGGAUAACAAAGAAGAGGAGAAAACAUUUGGAAUUUUUUUUGCAGAAUUAGAAUCUGUGGAUCUGCCCCUAGGAACCACCUUAAGGUCUAUUUACGAUGACCAGCCAAAUGCCCACAAGCGCUUCAUGGAAAAGCUGGAUGCCAGGAUAAGGAACCACGACCGGGAGAUUGAGAAGAUGUGCAAUUUCCACCACCAAGGCUUUGUGGACGCCAUCACAGAGCUCCUCAAAGUCCGCACGGAUGCAGAGAAACUGAUGGGUCAAGUGACAGACACUAAUCGAAGACUACAAGAAGCUGGGAGGGAGGUGACAGCUCAGACAGAGGAGGUCAUUUGCUGUCGGAUCCAGCAGAGGAACAUGGCCACUACUGUUGAGAAACUCCAGCUCUGUAUACCAGUGCUUGAAAUGUACAGCAAACUGAAGGAACAGCUGGAAUCCAAAAGAUACUAUGCUGCAUUGAAAACCAUGGAGCAGCUGGAGAACAUCUUCAUCCCCAGGGUCAGCCAGUACAGGUUCUGUCAAAUCAUGGCCGAAAACCUUCCCAGACUGAGAGAGGAGAUCAAGGAGAUCUCAAUGUCAGACCUCAAGGACUUCCUGGAGAGCAUCAGAAAACACUCUGACAAGGUUGGAGAGACCGCCAUGAGACAGGCACAGCAGCACAGGACCUUUAAUAGUGCCGUAGCGAAGCAGGCCAGUAUGGGCCACUACACCAAGCCUGUCUACUCCCUCAAUGGACGAACACACACUCAUAACGGCUUAAUGAUGGACGACUACACAGGAGAUGAGGACGAUUCAGAUGAAGAGCUUCUUACAGCUCAGGACCUGGUGGACUUCUCACCUGUCUACAGAUGUUUACACAUUUACACUGUGCUGGGGGACCGAGAAACAUUUGAGAACUACUACAGGAAACAGAGGAAAAAACAGGCCAGGCUUGUGCUGCAGCCACAGGCUAACAUGCAUGAGACAGUGGAAGGCUACAGAAGAUACUUCAAUCAGAUUGUAGGGUUCUUCGUUGUGGAGGAUCAUAUCCUCCAUGCCACACGUGGGCUGGUCACCAGAGCUUUUACUGAUGAACUGUGGAACAUGGCCCUGUCCAAGAUCAUAGCUGUGCUCCGCACACACUCUUCAUACUGUGAUGACCCAGACCUGGUCCUGGAGCUGAAGAACCUCAUAGUCAUCUUCGCUGACACACUACAGGAUUAUGGUUUCCCAGUGAACCGCCUGUUUGACCUGCUUUUUGAGGUCAGGGACCAGUACAAUGAAACUCUGCUGAAGAAGUGGGUGCUGGUUUUCAGGGAGAUCUUUGAGUUGGAUAACUACAGUCCGAUCCCAGUGGAGACAGAGGAUGAGUAUAAACUGGUAGUCAGUCGCUUUCCCUUCCAUGAUGCCGAGAUAGAAAAGCAGCAGGACUUCCCCAAGAAGCUGCCAAUGUCCCAGUCUGUUCCUCAGAUCUACACACAGGUCAAAGAGUUCAUUUACGCCAGCCUCAAGUUCUCAGAGUCACUACACCGCAGUUCAACAGAGAUUGACGACAUGCUGCGAAAAUCCACCAACCUGCUGCUGACAAGAACACUCAGCAGCUGUCUACAAAACCUCAUCAAGAAACCUCACAUAGGACUGACUGAGCUGGUGCAGAUCAUCAUUAACACCACCCACCUGGAGCAGGCCUGCAGGUAUCUGGAGGAGUUUAUAACAAACAUCACCAAUGUCUCCCCUGAAACAGUGCACACCACACGACUCUAUGGCUUAUCCACGUUCAAGGAUGCUCGUCAUGCUGCAGAGGGAGAGAUUUAUACCAAACUCAACCAGAAGAUCGAUGAAUUCAUCCAGCUGGCAGACUAUGAAUGGGGCAUGGCUGAGUCAGACGGUCGUGCCUCUGGAUACCUCAUGGACCUGAUCAACUUCCUGCGUUCCACCUUCCAGGUCUUCACACACCUACCGAAUAACAACAAUGACCAUGCGUCGAUGUCGGGUAAAGUCGCCCAGACAGCUUGUAUGUCAGCCUGUAAGCAUCUGUCCACAUCACUGAUGCAAAUGCUGCUGGACACGGAACUGAAACAGAUCAGCAUGGGAGCCAUUCAGCAAUUCAACUUAGAUGUAAUUCAGUGUGAAUUGUUUGCCAGCUCUGAGCCCGUCCCUGGCUUCCAAGGAGACACACUCCAACUGGCCUUCAUUGACCUACGACAGCUUCUGGACCUGUUCAUGGUGUGGGACUGGUCAACCUACCUGGCAGAUUAUGGCCAGCCAACGUGCAAGUACCUGAGAGUAAAUCCCGCCACUGCCCUGGCUCUACUUGAGAAGAUGAAGGACACCAGUAAGAAGAACAACAUCUUCUCUCAGUUCAGGAAGAACGACAGAGACAAACAGAAGCUGAUAGAGACUGUGGUCAAACAGCUGAGGAGCCUGGUCAACGGCAUGUCCUCGUAAACACACACACACACACACACAGGAGUGCUGUGGGUGUCUCAAAGAGAUAGAAUGAAUGAAACAUACAUGCACACACACGCACUAACACACUGAACUGCCAAGACAAAGAGGGACAUUUCCACAUAUGGAAUGAAGUAAUAACACACAACAUGACAGUGAAACACAGAAGAACAACACAGGGAGUUCACACAUACACGAGACACACACACGAGACAGACAGCUAACAAACACACACAUCACAUAAUGGCACAGCAAUACACAGUGCAAUGCAUGCAGGGAAAACGGCAAACACACGAUCUGUAUGAAGUCAUGUCCUCCCCGUACUGUUAAACAAGACUGAAUAUACAAUGUAAAUAACAAACACACACACACACACACACAAACAUGCACACUAAACAGUUUAUUUGACUGAACAGUAAAAUGUUCGUAAAGUAUUUUCAUGGCUAUUAUAAGACAAACUAUGUCUGUACGUUUGUGAGAGUGCAAUGAUUGUAGCUGCAGAGGGAGACUGGCAAAGCACAGGAAGUGACACUCACAAGUACUGGCACAAUGUAGUUAAAGGUCAACACUUUCCACCCAUCACGUGAGCUGGAUUACAGUACUUCUCCUCUCCAUGGAUGAAGUCAGGAUGCAUUUUCCUGCAUUUAUUUGGAUGUAUAACAAAAUAAUUGUUAAUCUAUGCAUCUGUGCAGCAGAUCAGUAACCAGAUUUCCUCACUACCCCUGACUUUAUUUUUGAUUUCUAGAUGCUGCUUAUCUUGGUUUAAAACAUAUUUAAAAACAAUAAUAAUAUAUGAAUAACUUUGACCUAGUGUCAUAAAAACAAAAACAAAAGUCUCCAGGAGGAAUUUAGCAGGGGAAAUAUAUCGGGUCUUUUUUAUCAUCUGUAUCUACUAUGGAUACUACUACUAUGGAUAGCUGUAAGAUAGGAAGAUAACUGUGCAGAUAUGUUCGCAUGGAUAAUUUCAUUCUCAAUAGGCACUGCAUCACCAAACUGCCAGCACAGCAGAUUUUGCUGAAUGAUCCAAAUCUAAAAGCUUCUACUACUACCAUAGAAUUAUGGAUAUGGAAGUGGCUCUGACCAGGUUAAUCUCAUUGUCCCAAUACUUACUGUGUGUGUGUGUGUGUGUGUGUGUGUGUGUGUGUGCGUGUGUGCGUGUGUGCGUGUGUUGCCUGGGUCAUGGAUUGAAGGAAAAACAGGAAUGGAUGAUGACGUCUUGAAAGACUGAUGUUCACGAAAAGAGAGAAGUUUUUGUCAAACUCUGUGGUAGCUUUGCUUUCUGUUUGUCUUCUUUUCUUCCUCACACUGUACAUGCUAGAGCCUCCCAGUGAGUGAACAUGGUUGGGUCUUUGACUCCCAGAUUGUAGUCAGAGUCUUCAUGUGUUCUCUGCAUGUGAGAAUGUCAAAAUCUGGGUGUUUUUUUAAUGAUUUGGCUUUAUAUGUAUGCACAGGUUGGCUAACAUUUUACAUUUUAAACACUUUACCAAUUAAUACAAUGUAUUACAACCCCACACAUAUUUAUGCAGACAUAGGUCGGGCCAUUGCAGGUUGUUGCACUGGAUUGUAAUAAACGGUACAGGUUGACACACAUUGGUUUAUACAGCAAAGGGUCCAGAGAUCAGACAAGGGUUUUGGAUUGAAGUGUCAAAGUGUGGACAGCACGCAGCAAUGUGAUGUCAUCAUAAGAAAAAUAUGCCUCGGUCACAGGAUACUGACACCUGGUAUUAACAUGCAGUCUGUAUCUGGAUGCACAUUUUGGUCCAACAGUCUGGUCACAUUGUGGAAGUUGUAAAUACAAACAGAGCAGAGAGACAUCAACCUCUGUCAUCGCUCAUUUGAAAUGGUCGUGUAGCUAAUCUGAUACACACAAAGCUGCUGUUAUUAACCUGCAUUUUCUUAAUACAUUUUUUAAUAAGUUUAUCUUGAACAACUAUGCUCUCUCUCUAUCUCAAAUGAAAUCCAAUUCAAUUUUGUUUGUAAAGCGCCAAAUCACAACACAAAAUAUCUUUAGGCACAUAGUAAGGUUGAGACUUCACAUAUUACAGAGAAACCCAACUGUUCGCACAAUGAGCUUGGCGACUGUGAAGUGAAAAAUAUUCUUGCAGAACCCUGACUCAGUGUGGGUGGCCAUCUGCCGGGACCAGUUGGGCAUACUGUAAACUAGAAAUGACACGCAGCAGAGCACAUACCUCCACCACAGCUCAACAAUCUUAUUAUUACCUCCAAUAAUUACAUUUACUGGAGAACCUGUCCAACACCAUCACUGGAGUAGACCGGAGGACCCAUGUGAGAGUGGCUUCUCCACUGGCUGCGAAUACCUUCUUAAACUCAAACAUAAGCAUGUUUGCAAGGGUCCAGCUCCAAAUGUUUGACUGCACAUGUGAAAUCACACCAGUCUGUGUUGACACCCUGUGCCAUGUAAACAGACACUAACCUGCUGUUCGUGUCUGUGUUGGAUUAUUGGCCCUUAGUUAACAGACUGAUUUACUGCUACACUGCAAAAGACAUUGAGUGUGUUAGCAUUUCUCGUGUAGGCAGACAUGUUCACGUGCAGUUUGGAGCAAGCAUGUGACCCUUGUGUGCACUGCAGCUCAGAGACAGGUAAAUGUGGGCCACACAGACUGUUGGCGACAUUCAGAGUAUAAUUUACACUUUGGGAAGGCUCUCAGCAGGUAGCUUACAGAGGCAUUUGGGUGUCGCUGUCAUUUGCAAAUCGCCGUAACCCAGUUAGUCUUCUGCGUUGCAUAUUAAGUUGCGCUCACAGCGUGGACAGAAUAUAGACCAGAGCUUUUAUAUGUUAAGGAAAUUUUGUAUAGGACCCAGAUGCGGAUCAGAGACAGCUACAGCUACAAGCUUGAGCUUGACUGGCGGUUUGUAGACUGACGAAGCUUGGUGUAAGCAGGGGGGCAGGCUGGCUGACGUGACAAAAGACUUGGUCCGUAGUUUGAGGUUUCUGAGAGACAAAGGCAAACACCUUACGUAAACAAGACUUUGGCCAAUUACUGUACCACAUAUGGAGAAUAAACAAUCUGGCGAUGAGUUGAGAAAAGCCUGGGUUUCUUAUAGUGGCGGUUGAUUUGAUGAUCAGCUGCAGCAGAGCCAGGUGAAGCCGCGCCCCCGGGAUCACACACACACACACACACACACACACACACACACAGACACACUCAACACAGACAUGACAGACAAGACACUAGACAAAACAGGAAAUAGUCAGAGCAGGCCGAGGAGCCUGGCCUCACGGCCUGACCCGUGACAGAGAAAACCUUUUAACAUAUGGUGGUAAGUCACAGGCCUGUAAUCUGAUGUCAUGUUUCUGAUUCACAUCACAUGUUAAUACUGGGUGGCACAUUGCAGUGUCAACAGACAAUCUGGAAAGUCAUACACAUCCUGGUCAAAUCGGAUGACCUUUUCGCUGUACUCAUUCACAGCAGCCACCCGGUGGCGGUAAGGGUGGUUUCCUGUGGAAGGUGACAUCAGUGCAUGCCCUCUUCCUCCCUCUGUAAACCCUUCAGUUGGAGGGUGAUGGACGUUAUUUAUGUGAAGUUACCGGAACUCCGCCCCCAAAAGACUUGAUUCACACUGUACAUAUUAAACAGCUCCUCUUGCAUUCUGAAUUCUUUGUUUUUGUUCCUCAGGGUGAAAUUAAGCUUUAGAAUGAUAUAACCCAUAGACAUCCACUAAGCACAGCAAUAAUAAUUGGUUCCUUUACAGCCUCACAGGCACGUUGAUUGACGACUUAAAACUUGCACAGGAAAAUAUUUUGUAAUGAGACUGUUUCUAUUACGUUUAUGUUUUGGGUCUUUGCUCUACUUCAAGCAGGCAUUUUCUGCACUGAAGCUGACGGGGCUGAUGUUUUUUUUUCUGCCUUUUUAAUAGUUGCUUGUAAAUGCCACUGUAUAUACUGAAUAUUUUGUAAAGAAAAUAUUGCAGCAGUUUGUCUGCUACAAACUGAACAGGAGGUUGACACUGUGAUAUGCACCUCCAUCAACACCUCUAGUUAAUAUGUAAGUAGUGAGUCAGAAUUUGCAUUUGUUGCUUACUUGGUAAACUCAGUCCAGUACAGUGUGAGGAGCUCAGCUGCUCACGUCGGUACCUUCUCUCCACUCCACACUAAAAAGGUGAUGCUAUGUUACAACAAAGGCAGGUAUACAAAAUAAAGGACAGUUUGGAAAUCAGAGUGGCAGGGACUCUGUUCACACAUCUCCUCCCUGGUUCUUCUGUGUCACUCAGCUCUUCAUCUCCUGCGAGUAUGAAUGUCCAUUUGACCACAAAUUCUCAAAUAAAAGCCUUAAUUCAAAUCACAGUCAAGUCUGAAAUGAAUGCUGGACUAGUGCAAGCAAAUGCAAGCUGGGUAAAGAACACUGGGGAAAGGUGGCACGCCUGUACUCGACUUAAUGCAUGUGUAUUUCUACAGUGCAAGCUAAAACAGGAGUGCCUCAACGAAAGAUUGACACCUGUAAAGUACAACCCCAGCCCUGUCUCCAAGAAAUCCGGUCCACAGACAGUAUGUGCUGCUAAUUAACAGAGGGCAGGAGUCGGACUCCAGAAACCUUCUGACAUCCUGACCUCUGGGUGGUGAGGUCCACACAGAACCAUCAAAGUUAACAGAUCCAACCAGAUAUUUUACUGAUUUGCUCAGCGUCAACAUUUUUGUAAUUUGCUGUCUAUGUUCAUUGAUAAGAUUCCCUCAUUAUGAUGACAGAAAUCCAGUCAGCAUCACAUUUCCUUCAAAGUGUUGUAUAAUGCAAUUUCUGGGAGACAUGGUUGUAAAAAGUGAUGAAAUAGGCCUACUGCCCUCUGCACCUGAGGGAAAUUAUAUUUAAUCUAUGUUCAUUUGUAUAAUAUAUGAGGUGUCACAUAAUCUCCUGCUCAUGUUGAUCAGAGCCUUUACUAGUAUAAUGUACUAGAGUAUCACGUUUUUGCAUAAAACUGUUUUAAUGUGAAUGAAUAUUUGAAUUCCGAUGAAACGUGAGAUGGUUGUUCUGGCCUUCGCAGAAGUGGAGAGAGGGUACAUGUUGACAGCUUUACCUUUCUUUGUGUUAGGGUGAGACUGAGAUGUUGUUUUUCCAACAUCUGUUGGUUUUAUUUUGUGUGCUUAAAUAAAAAAUGCAUUCCACA